AUGGUCGACAUCGUCCCCCUCUCUUCGUACCCCUCCUACAUCUCCCUUCUCCCCUCCAUCCAGACCUGCAACAUCACAAACCUCCCUGAAAACUACUUCCUCAAAUAUUACCUCUAUCAUGCCCUCUCAUGGCCGCAGCUGAGCUUCGUUGCCGUCGUGCGACCCAAACACAACAGCCCAAAGAACGAGUACCCCAAGGUGGUUGGGUAUGUACUCGCGAAGAUGGAAGAAGAGCCCACAGACGGCAUUGCUCACGGCCACAUUACCAGCCUUAGUGUAAUGAGAACGCAUAGACGAUUAGGGAUUGCGGAGCGGUUGAUGAAGAUGAGUCAGCGCGCUAUGGCCGAAUCACACCGGGCUGAAUACGUUUCACUGCACGUCCGUGUCUCCAAUAACGCUGCCCUCCGUCUCUAUCGCGACACGUUGGGGUUCGAGAUCGAGAAGAUCGAGGCUAAAUACUACGCUGAUGGCGAAGAUGCUUAUGCCAUGAGGAUGGAUCUACGGCCGCUAUGGAUGAAGGAGGACCGCAAGGAGAAUAAUGAUGGCCGAAAACAAGCUUCUAACACUGCGUCGCGCAAGGAUGAGAGCGACGCGAAUGCCGAUUCCGCUGCCAACGACGAUGGUCAUCCUGAUGAGGGAGAGGAGGUCGGCGAGAUGGGGAAACAUGGCGGAGAAAAGGACAAAAAGGAGAAGGAAAGGGUCUUUCGGGUUAAAGUGGGGAGAGCGCUAGGGGUGGGUGAUCUUGUGGAGAGGAAUGAGACCGUGCGGUGA